CCAAAUUAAUUUUACAUAACCUCUCCCACUAUAACCAUCUCUUUCGCGUCACAGAAUUCUCGCUUCCUUACUUACUUCCAAAAACAAAAUGGCUUCUCGCGUCAGCAUCAACUUCCCUUCUUCUACUCCACCUUCCUCCCCUUAUUUAAAUCCCUUUCGUUCUUCUCAUAACAACCUUCCUUCUAAUAAUACUCAGUCAUUUUCUUCCCACUCUUCUUCGUCUCUCAACUCCUCUUUAACUACCUCUAAUAUGGCUCCUAAAACUGUCCUCGUUACCGGCGGUGCCGGUUACAUCGGCAGCCACACCGUCCUUCAGCUCCUUCUCGGCGGCUUCAGGACCGUCGUUGUUGAUAACUUGGAUAAUUCUUCCGAAGUUGCCAUCCACAGAGUCAAGGAGCUCGCCGGUGAAUUCGCUGGCAACCUCAUCUUUCACCAGACUGACCUCAGAGACAGAGCUGCACUUGAGCAAAUAUUUGCUUCCACAAAGUUUGAUGCUGUGAUACAUUUUGCUGGACUGAAAGCAGUAGGUGAAAGUGUGCAGAAACCGUUACUGUAUUAUAACAACAACUUGAUUGGGACCAUCACUCUGUUGGAAGUGAUGGCUGCUCAUGGAUGCAAGAAGCUUGUGUUCUCAUCCUCUGCCACCGUAUAUGGUUGGCCAAAGGAGGUUCCAUGUACGGAAGAGUUCCCUCUGUCAGCAAUGAAUCCAUAUGGACGAACUAAGCUUACCAUUGAAGAAAUUUGUCGUGAUGUUUACCAUUCUGAGAAAGACUGGAAAAUAAUAUUGUUGAGAUACUUCAACCCAGUGGGCGCACAUCCUAGUGGUCAUAUUGGGGAGGAUCCUCGUGGAAUUCCAAACAAUCUGAUGCCAUUUGUUCAGCAAGUAGCAGUUGGCAGGCGGCCUGCACUAACAGUCUUUGGAACUGAUUAUAAUACCGUUGACGGCACUGGGGUUCGUGAUUACAUUCAUGUUGUCGAUUUAGCAGACGGGCACAUUGCUGCAUUGCUUAAACUGGAUGAACCUAAUAUAGGCUGUGAGGUUUAUAACUUGGGCACUGGAAAGGGGACAUCAGUGCUGGAGAUGGUUAAAGCUUUUGAAAAAGCCUCUGGAAAGAAAAUUCCACUUGUGAUGGCUGGCCGAAGAGCUGGGGAUGCUGAAAUCGUUUAUGCAUCAACAGAGAAAGCAGAAAGAGAACUUAAGUGGAAGGCAAAAUACGGCAUUGAGGAGAUGUGCCGUGACCAAUGGAAUUGGGCUAGCAAAAACCCUUAUGGCUAUGGAUCUGAAGAUUCUAAAGACACUACUGAUUAGUUUUGAUAGCCGUUAGACAAAUAUGUUCUUUUGUGAACACGACCACACACUAUAGGUCUUGUAAUUUAGUUCUCCAUAGUUUGUAAUUUUUUACUCUCUCCAUAGUAUUUUCAUAGUGGUAUAGUGGUUCUGUUUUGAUUCACAGUUAAAUGGUAAAUAAGUAGUGGUUUUAUAGUGCUGUAAUUUUAAAGUUCCAUAGGUUCCCCAACAUCACAGGUUAUUGUUAUUAUAGUACUUGGGCUGUCUGAUGUUCAUGUUGAACAUGACAGCGCCCUGUUUUGUAAAGUAAUACAUAUUUCAUUUAGAGUAUGACUAACAGGUUAUUUCACCUAAUUAGUCAGACUGGCGGUAAUAAUAAUAUAUCAAAUUUUGCAUUA